AUGAGACCGAGUUUGCCUCCGGAGUCGCAGUACGUGGUCAACUCCAUCGGAAAGGAUGAAGCACGACAUAGGAUGACGAUAGAGAGAUCGAGCCAAGAUACCAUAUCCAGGGUUCCAAAUCCAGAUAGAGUUACCAGGCUAUACUCUAGCAACCAACUCAGAACUGCAGGUGAAUCUUGCAGCAGAAAGCCAAUGGAAACUAGAAAAGCUGGUGGUUCAUCAGCUGGAGACCAAAGGUUGAAGGGAAACUAUACCCAAUGCAAUGCUUUGGAGACUAAAGCAGACGUUUGGGAGAGAGCUGAGUUAGACAAACUUAACAAACGGUACUCACUUCUUGUUUUCAAUGCAUCUAAAUUCGAUUCAGAUUAG